GUGACGUUGAGGUGGGCGGGUACCGGCUCGCCCGUCACCGUGGAGCUAGUUCUGGAUGUUUAAGGAAAACUCUGGAAGUUUCUACGCAGGUUAUAAAGACAACACUCGAGGCACGGCCGCCUGUGCAGUGCCAGUUGACGGGCUGAGGAGGUUCGACCAAAGCCCACAGAGAGCCGAUUACCGAACACACGCCUAGAUGGUCAAAAUGGGAAAAGACUACUACGAUAUUUUGGGAAUCAAGAAAGGAGCGUCCGAGGACGAUAUAAAGAAGGCUUAUCGUAAACAGGCGCUGCGCUUCCAUCCCGACAAAAACAAGUCCCCGGGAGCCGAGGACAAAUUCAAAGAAAUCGCCGAGGCGUACGACGUUUUGAGCGACCCAAAGAAAAAGGACAUCUACGACCGUUAUGGAGAAGAAGGUCUAAAAGGCGGAGGCCCCCAAGGUGGAACUAGUGGUAGCGGGGGUCCGGGUAACUUCAGCUACAGCUUCCAAGGCGACCCUCAUGUCAUUUUUUCAGAGUUCUUCGGUGGACGUAAUCCCUUCGAACAGUUCUUUGGUGGUCGCAAUGGAGGCAUGGAUGAGGAUAUGGACACUGACGACCCCUUUUCUCACUUUGGGAUGGCGGGAGGGGGAAUGGGUGGGUUCCCUCGCUCCUUCAGCUCGGGUAUGGGAGGAAUCGGCCCUCACAGUAGUGUUGUGAAGAAGCCCCAAGACCCCCCCGUGGUUCACGAUCUCAAUGUGACCCUGGAGGAAGUUCUGUCGGGUUGCUUGAAGAAAAUGAAGAUAUCUCGUAAAAGGCUGAACCCCGAUGGGCGAACGGUACGGACAGAGGACAAGAUCCUGGAGGUGCAGAUAAAGAAGGGGUGGAAAGAGGGCACAAAAAUCACAUUUCCCAAAGAGGGCGACGAAAGUCCCACGAACAUUCCAGCAGACGUGGUCUUUGUGUUGAAGGACAAGACGCAUCCGAAAUUCAAACGUGACGGCUCCAACGUAGUUUACACUGCAACAAUUUCACUCCGAGAUGCCUUGUGCGGCUGUACAAUAAACGUUCCCACACUAGAGGGCAAAACAGUGACCGUGUCAACAACGGAUAUCGUGCAGCCAGGGAUGAAGCGGCGCAUCACUGGCGAGGGGCUGCCUUAUCCAAAACGCCCCGAUCGCCGAGGCGACCUACUGGUGGAUUACGAGGUCAAGUUCCCCGAACGGCUCAGCCAGAGCCAGCGGGAUACCAUCGCUCAGGUCCUCCCGCGGUCCUAGACGUGGACGUCCUGGACUCAAGCGUUAACACGCUGCACUGCCAACCGCCGUCAUCGCAUCCACAGCCAAGUGGUCUUAAAAGACAGACGAGUGUUGCUUUUACCCGCACUGUAAAAUAAGAACUACAACAUUUCACUGGGUAAAAUGUAAAUAUGACAAAUGUUUGGUGUUUGAUACUGAAAAGGUUAAAUUUUGCAGGAAAUAGUUAUAGAAAUGUAUUUUUGUUGUAAAAAAAAUGGAUGUGCAUAAAUUCAGCUUUGUUGAUAUUAAAGUUUCUUCACCA